CGGGCCGGGGGAUCGAUCCGGAGCUCGGCGAGCCGCGCUGCGCGCCCGCUGCAAUCGGGCGGGGCCGAGGGAGGCCGAACGGAGCCGAGCCGGCGCACGGGGCCGCGGGCUGCCUUGCCUCGGGCGGCGCGACCCCGGCGAAGGCUCCUAGCCCCUGGCCGGCGCUCGCCACCAUGGGAGCCGUGAGGGAGCCGCUGCCCCGGGGCGCGCUGGGCUCCUUGCUGCUGCUGCUGGGACUGUGUGGGGCGCGGGAGGUGCACCUGCCCCCAGGGCCCCUGUUCCGCGUGGAGGGUACGGCCAUCUCCAUCCCCUGCAGCGUCUCGGAGUACGAGGGCCCCACGCUGCAGCACUUUGAGUGGUUCCUGUACCGCCCGACGGCGCCCGAGAUCUCCAUCGGCAUGAUCAGCACCAGGGACUCCAGCUUCCCCUACGCCGUCUUCGGCCCCCGCGUGCAGAGCGGGGAGGUGUCAGUGCAACGGCUGCGUGGUGAUGCCGUCGAGUUACGCAUCGCCCGGCUGCGGGCCGAGGACGCCGGUGUCUACGAGUGCUACACGCCCACCACCGACUCCAUGUACCACGGCAACUACAGCAGCAAGGUGGUGCUGAAAGUGAUCCCUGACAUGCUCGGGGUCUUGGCCCCCACACCCAGGCCCCUUCUGCGAGGCCGCAUGGCUGGCACCUCCCCGCUGCAGCUCAGCUUGUCGGAGGGCCAGGAGCUGCAGCUGACCUGCACGGCCCAGAGCCAGACGCAGCAGCACACCCAUCUCUCGGUCUCCUUCGGGGUGUCGGCUCCGGAUGCCCCCGUGGGGCGCCAGACGCUGCAGGAGGUGGUCGGGGUGCGGCGUGACUUCACCGUGGAAGCUGGCGGGCACUUUGCCGAGCGGUACCGGUCUGGGGAGCUCUCUGUGGCCAAGGCAGGCGGCGAGCAGUACAAGCUGGCCAUUGGGCGGGUGCGCCCGGGAGACGCGGGCACCUACCACUGCACAGUAGGCGAAUGGAUCCAGGACCCCGACGGCAGCUGGCAGCUGAUCGCCGAGAAGCGGGCAGCGCUGGCCCAGGUGACUGUCCAGUCCAUCGCGAGCCAGCUGGCAGUGUCGGCCAGCCCGCCCGAGGUCCGGCUCAGCGCUGGAGACGCCCUGGAGCUUCUUUGCAAUCUGUCAGGCCCUGCGGCCCCUGCACCCCACGUGGCGUAUGCCGUGAGCUGGGAGGUGGGCGAGGGGGACGGGCUGCUGGUGGCACAGCUGGACACGGAUGGAGUGGCCAUCGUCGGGGAGAGCUAUGCCAACAGCCAGGUGGGCCGGCGCCAAGUCUCGCUGCAGAAGCUGACGCCCGCCCCAGGCGCCUACCGGCUGCGGAUUGAGUCGGCUCAGCCAGGGGACGCGGGCACCUACCGCUGCGUGGCCCGGGCCUAUGUGCACUCCCCUGAUGCCCAGCUGCGGGAGGUGGCCAACAGCCGGUCACAGGGGCUGAAGGUGCACAUGAAAUCAGAAGCCGUGGUGGUGCAGGCCUACGCGUGGCUGCCCGUCCCCGCCACCUACCGCGGGGACACGGCCGAGCUGCUGUGUAACAUCUCGGUGGAGUCGACCCAGGCCGUCCACGUGGCCGUCAGCUGGUGGGUGGAGGUGACGGUGGGGGAGGAGGAGCCCCAGGGCCGGAUGGUGGCGUCUUUGAGCCGCGAGGGCGUGGCCGAGCUGGGCCAGCGGGCGUCAGGCGGGGACAUGAGUCUGGACAAGGUGGGGCCGCAGUGCCACCGGCUGCGACUCCAUGGGGUGGAGCCGUCCGACGAAGGGAGGUACCACUGCGCCGUCACCUCCUGGGUGCGCUACCCCGACCGCAGCUGGUACAACGCCGGGGCCGUGAAGUCCAACUCCGUCGCCGUGUAUCCCUACGCCCGGGCCAUGGACACCCUGUUCAUCCCCCUCAUUGUGGGCAUUGCCAGCGCCCUCUUCACGGGCAUCGCCAUCCUCGCCACCAUCACCUGCUGCUUUAUGAGGCGGCUCCGCAAGAGGUGAAGCUCUCGGGAGACCGGCCCCAGGGCGCUGCAGGUUCCUGCUCCAUCUCGCUCUCCUGCCAGCCUUCACUCAAGUCACUGGGCUCCCUUCCCCCCCCCCCUUGUGACUUUUGACCUCUCACCUCCAUGGACCGGCUUGGGCAGCAUUUCAGCUCCUCGGACUGCACACUGGCUUCCUCCUUCAUUUGAGUCAUUCCAUUUUUUUUUCUAAACUCAACCCAGAUCCAGGCAAGCCCCUGGUGGGAGAUGGGAGAGACCCUGGGUCCUGCAUCAGGGCCAAACGUUGCCAAGAAGUCGAUGCAUCCGUCUGAGACAUCCAGGCUGGAGAGGUCCCUCCCCGGAGGACAUGAGGGACAGUGGCACUGCCUCAUCUGCUCCUGGACUCGCUGCUUCCCUGAUCCUUCCCUACCCUGUCUCUGUGCCCCAGGGUGGGAGCGUGGGGGCUGCUUUUCCCUCUGCUGCCAGCAUCUCUACAUCCUCCACCCCCUCUGUCUGUAACCCAUUCUCCCCUCCCCUCUCUCAUGUGUUUGGCUCGGUGAGGGCUGUCCUGUGGAUCUAGACAUGCGUGGACUGCAGUGUGCGCAGAGAAAGGGUGUAUCAUUCCCUAGGGGAGUGGCCCAGUGGCUCUGCUCUGGAGAAUCUGAGACUUGAUCUACUGGAGACCUCAGAGUCAGUAACGUGCUUGUAGCCGAUAAUGUGGACAACAGCCUGCUACCGCUGCCAGCUGAGGGAAUUCCUCCUCUAGCCGGAGCAGUAGAGCCUUGUGCUUUAGAGCUGAAGGUCCUGGGUGCAAACCCUGCUGAUGACCCAUGCUGGGGUCAUGAUUGGGUGACCUCAGGUGACCUGAGAGAGGGGAGGGGUCUGCUUUUGUGUAAGAGAAGAAAGGGACUCUAAUGCCAAAGGAUGGGGGCUCAGGCCUUGCUUGGUCCCCCCUCUCCCUUUGGGGUUUUAAUUGCACCCCAGCUCUGCCUUCAGGAAUAGCCGAGUACUCUACCAGUGGCUGGGCCUGCCCCCAGAGCGGUCCCUUUGCAGCCAACGGGCCGCAUCCUGCCAUAUCCCUCAUGCUCACUGCACCUGUGCUCUCAGGCUGAUCUGAUGGCAUUUUACACUGACUGCGAGAAAUCCUGGCCCCCCUGAACUCAAUGGAAACCCCCCCAUGAUCUGCAGUGGGGCCCGGAUUUCAGCUGUGGUGUAAACAACGGCAGAAUCCGACUCAGGUGUUUCUGUUAAAGGGACACACGUAGCAAUGGCCACGGAGUUCGGGUUUGUUAAAUAGAUCCUAAAACCGGAUAUCGGUGGAGAUGGGCUAAAACAAUUGGUGGCAGGUUUUUAAUGAAACCUUCCCCCAGUCCCUGCAAGAGGGAAAGUGCCGAAGCUGGCAAGAGACGUGCCAAAGAAAGGCGCUGGGCGGCGGGUGAGAACCGCCGCCGGGCUGCUGGCGUUGCUUGUCCUUUAUCCUCCCAGGUGCUUGGGAGUUGCCUAGAACGCCGGGCUUUAGAAAAAGAGCAGUUGGUUUUGAUGAUGUGGUUUUAAUGUAACAGGCACACGACAGCCAGGCUUUUCCAAAGCUGCCUGGAAUGUCGCUGUUCAAACCAGGGCAAUCGGCCAUGCACGUUCCUGACACGGUUUAGAAAAACCUCUGCCCAUGUAAUGGUCAUUCGUGUGACCGGUCUUGGCACAAUGGGGGGUUCCCCCAAAUUACGAGCACAGAAUAGCAUGUGUUGGGGAAAUAACACGUUUAGACAGAUAAGCACUAUAUAGAGACAGCCACUGUACAUAGGUGUAUAAAUUAUUAGUCUCUUUUUAGAGAUAUAGGAUCAGAUCCUUAUCUGUUGUAAAUCAACAUAGCUCCUUCAAAGGGACCCCACUUGGCAGGAUCGAAUCCUUGCUGUAAAGGGCCAAGCAGUCUGGCCCUGGUGCAGCAAAGCCCUUAAGCAUCUUCUUAACUUGAAAUCGGCCACUUGUUCCAUUGAAGUAAAUGGGAGUGCUCCUGUGAUUACAGUUAAGCACAUGCUUUGCUGAAUGAGGGUCUCUAACCCCAGCAGAGGGUCUGAUCCUGUCUACACACCUCACUAUACCGAGAUCUAGAUCUAUUUAGUAAUGACGGUGUGGUGUAAAAUCCCUAGAGAUCAUCCCAAACCUUUAGAACCGUGUUAUGUUGCAGAUUAGAGAGGGGAUCCGUUUUCCGAAGCUCAGGGUCGAUGUGGAAUGUUUCUAGAAAGUCUGUUUUUGAACAUUUUCCUUUUUGGCGCUCUUGCUAAAUUGGGUAGUAACCCAGCCUGGGGACAAACUUUGGUAGUGCGGGAGGGGUUAAUGCCUGAUAUUUUUUUUCCAGCUCUGGAUAGCAUGGUUCAGAUUUGGUUUAAGUCACAAAGCCGCGCACAAUUCAGUUUGCCCGACUGUUCAGGGGAGUGGAACGGGGGAGGGGUUAAUGGGUCGGGGUUCGUUUGCAAACCCCACAGCCGUGCUAGGCCUCUUGCCUUCAGGUUUAGUUACUGAUGAUUCCUGCAGACCCCAAGUCUCUCCGGUGGAUCUAAUCCGUUGCCAUGGAAAUCCUGGCUCAUGUUGGGAGCAGGGCAAGGGGGUGGGGGGAUUGGACUCAUUUUUCAUUAAUGUGAUGUCACAAGGAGGUUCCCACCCUAGGAAAGAGAAUUUCCUUGUAUUGUUCUCCAGGGCCUGCCUAUAACUCCACAGCGCUACACAAUGGCCUUCUGGGCACAGGGCUGGAAUAGAUGGGGCAGUGGGGGGAACCCCCUGUGGGGAAGCCAGGGCCCCCAUGGUGGGGUUGCCAACUGUCUAAUCACACAAACCCAAACACCCUGGCCCCGCCUCUUCUCCAAGGCCCCACCCCA